AAGAUCAGCCCAAGUCAGGAAGACCUCCUGAUGCAGUCAAGCAAAGAACAUUUAUGCACAGGGCUCCCUGAAGACUGUUUGAGGAACAAAGGUCCAGUAAGAUAAGAAAGAAAGCAGAGCAAAGGAAAAGCAGUUUUUCUUUAAAUGGCAGGCACUGUACCAGGUGGUGGUUUACAUGUGUUAUUUAAUUUAAUCCUCAAAGUAGCACUGAGGUAAGUGUACUUCUCCUCUUUUUCAAAGGAGGAAACAGACUCAGUGAGGUAAGUAAGAUCACAGAGCCCACCUGCCUUCAGAGUUGCUGUUCUUUCUCUCAGAAUUGCUGCUGUCAGUAUCUGUUGAGAAAUGGAUAAGGAAGUUCUAGGAAGACACUAGUGAUAGCAUUUGUUGGUUUGACCUAACUGUAUUCAUUUAUUAAUUCCACAGAUUUAUUGAGUGCUAUUAUGCUGGGCAAUAAGGAAAGGGAGAGACCAAGAUAAACAUGACCCUUAGCCUUCAUGGAGUUUAUAUUCUAGUGAGAAUUAGUUCUUUAGGUUGAAGAUUGAUUUGCAUUUAGCUUUAUCUGUUUACUGCAGGUAUUUUGUUAACAUAUGUGUAUGCAUGCAAAUAUGUACAUAAUUUACAUGUAUAUGUAUAACUUUGUGCUAGUUUUCUAAAAAGAGCAAGGAAGAAAAUUUUUUUUGUAGUUUAACAAGUUCAGGGAACUUCAUACUGCAUCUUAUACCUAGGAUUUCAGAGAAAUUCUGAACAAUAAAACUUCUUUACGAAUUGCAUUUACAUUCUUAGAAAGUUUUUUGUUUGUUUUUUAAUGUUUCAUAGUAGAAAGUUUUUAAUUUAUUGAGAAGUGGAGAGUAUACUAAACCCACAUGUAUCUGUCACUCAGCUUCAAUAAUUACCAGCUCAUGACCAGCCUUGUAGGGAAGCAGUUACUGUAAGUAAUUUGGUUCAAAACUAAUGUUCAACUUAUACAUUAAUCUCUUUAACAUAGGUUUUGUGUGUAACUGUUCUUUUUCAAAGAGGUAAUUUAUUUAUGAUUAAUUUAGUAUUAUUCAGGUAAUAAGAUGGUCAUUGAAUAAUAUAAGCUAUUAUUGUGGGUCUUCUUUAUUAGUGUUUUAGAAUGGAAGCUUCUUAAGACUCUGGAUUACGUAUAAGUCUCCGUAUUGUAGUUAAUUAUCUAGGUACGUAAGUACGUUUAAAUAACUAAUACCAAGAGAAGGGUGUUAGUUCAAAAUUAUCUAUUUUCUGCCAAGUACACUUUUAGCCCUCUGUCAUAUUUUGCAUAAAAGAACAAAACCAAUGGUACAGUGUACUAACUUUGUAAUUUGCUUUUUGAGUUGGAUCUUUUUUGUCACUGUUGGUUGCAUGAUUAAAUUCAUGAAAGUAUAGCACACAGUUUUGUUUUUUUUUAUGAUUGCAUACUUAUUUGGAUUUAUUUCUCUUGGGCAGAAGGAAAUGUACAAAUUACAACUGGAACUCUGCUUAUAUCUACUGAAGAAGUACAAGGUAUGAAGGUCAAUGGGACUAAGACGGAUUAUAAUGAAGGACACAAGAAUGGCAAUGUGAGUAAAGGUCUCUCAGCUGGGUGCAGCGAAUACCCAGAAGUAGACAAAACCAUGACCAGUGGUGAGGUUUCAGAAACCAGCACAUUAGUUUCCCUAGAGCCUUUAACCUUUGUGGACCCUGGAUUAACAGAAGCAUCUUCUAAAGAAAAAGAAUGUGAAGAAUUAAAAACUUGUCCUUCUUGGUUGUCAUUAUUACCAGGGAACAGUGCCAUUUCCAAAGUGGACAGUGAGAAGGAAGAGUUGUCUAAGUUAAACCUUGUCUGUGAAGCAGAUGACAAUCACCAACAGAUUCUUGGCCACCAUAAUGAAAACCACAGUUUUGCCCCUGGCAGUCCCAGGGCCACAAGAAAUGUAGUUUGUGUAGAACCCUUAGAAGAAAAUUCUGACAUUUCAUAUUUCUCAUCAAGUUUGUCUGGUCCAGAAUCCAGAACAACAUCCUUAGAAACAUGUGGUUUUGAUGGCUUGCUGAAGGGAUCUGCUAAGAAGACAGACAAUUCCUGUUUUGAUGGGGGUGAUCAAAGCAAGAACUUGGCUACUAGAAGAGAAAAUGAACAGUUUUUGAACCUUAGGAGUGAAAGAGGGGAACUCUUUCUUGUUAAUGCCAGGCAACCAGAAGAGGAUGCUAAUGGUCAUUGUCCUGGUGAAAAAGAGACUGUUACCUCCCCAAAAGUGAAUAUUCAUGGUAACUGUUGCAUUCAAGACAGUAUCCAUACAGACAGCCCUGUUUCUUUAGUGCCCAAUUCUUUCACCGAAGCCACGGAAGUAACGCUAAAAAAAAAUGACUUAAAAAUCACUUUAGACACUCAAGGUAGCUUGACAAACCAUGAGGACCAUAGAGGAACUUCUACGGAUAUGAGCCAUCCAGGUAGACACUCUGAAGAGAACAGUUUUUCCUCCUUAAUGCAGAUUGAAGAGCCAGAACAGACAACCACUAUAGAGCCCAAUAUGGUAACUGAAAAGAUUUACAGUAAAGACUCUAACUCCUUAGUCUGCACCCAGAAAAAUCUGGAAGGCAACACCCAGUUAAAUGAAGCAUCAUGUAAUGAAUUUCUGAAUGAAAGAAAAUCCCUUGUGAGUUUAAUGCCAGAGGACCAGAUAAGUCCUAUGAAUGAGGUGUCAAAACCCAAGAAAGAUAGUGCUCAGUUACCACUAUCCCUAGAAUUUGAUUACACACCUGAGUCAGAGCAAGCUGUACAGACCUCACUGGACGGUAGUUCACAUUUAGAUGAGCAGAGCACUGCCUGUGAGAUGAAUGAACUUCCUCAUACCAAUGAACUGGUUAUAAACAAAAUAGAAAGUGAAUGUGCUUUAAAUCAAGUGCCCCUUAAUUCUCAAGACCAUGCAAAGUUGUCAGCUAACAAAGAGAUGCCUUUAGCAACAAGCGAGGAUUCCCAACAGAGCCAUCACCCUCCAUUAGAGGAUGGAGCAGAUGUCACUGCUGAUACCCAGACCAUUCCCAUCAAAACAAAAAUGAAAGACAUCUCUCCAUCAGGUGACAAAACCUGUGGUGCCUCUUCAAACAGUCCCACCUUAAACAUCAAACCAGGAAGCCUAGAAAGACAAGACAAGAUGGCUGAUUCAGGAAUAGUACAUCUACAUUCCAGCCUUCUCUCAAGAAAGAAAGAAUCGGCAGUCUUGCCUCAAGAGGUCUCUGCUAUGGAAUGUCACAGUGUUCAAUCUCAGGAUCUCUCUAGCUGUCAUUGUGUAAAUAAAAAUGCACGAGAAAAGAGCAUGUGUUCUGUUUGUGCUGCGUGUGAGUCCAGCAGAAUCAUCCUAGAAGUUGAAAACUCUUUAAUAACCAAGUGUGAAGAUGCAUUUCAGCACAGCAAUGACCACUCCCAAAGAAGAGAAGUCUGCACAGAAAGUAGCACCCAUAAAGUGGGUUACACAUCAGAAGAAAGUGAACUUGCUAGGGGAGAAACUAAAGGCAGCCUCCCAGGAAAUAAGAUCAGAAACGAUACACCAGUAGGCAUGUUAAGUAGUGAAGCUUUAGACAAAACCAUUCCCACCACUAGUCACACCCAGCCCCGUGAGGAAGGUCUGAAAGCAAAGGAAUGGGAUGUACCUAAAGAGACCGUGUUUUGUGAGUAUAACAUCUCUGACUGUUCCACACCAGAACUAAAUUUAUCUGCAAACAUUCCAAGCCCUGAAAAAUUUUUGGACCAGUCUCCUACUAUUAUGUUCUCCAGUUUCAAAACCAUGAGCCAAGCAGUUGAAACUCUUGAGCAAAAAGGAGAUAAAGUUCUUGACUGCCAGAAUAACCAAAACAGACCAGAUGAAUGCAGAAGUGAAGAUAAACCAACUAAGCAGACACUACAUGGUGAUGAGAGGGAGACUGUUACAGAACCUAACAGAGAGGUAAGCAACAAUCAAAAGGAUCUGUUAGUUGGUUCAGGCAGUAACAACCCUUUGUCUGGUGGUAGUUCAAAGAAAGGCAAUUUGAAAGGAGACGAUGGACAUAUUUCUGGUUGUGAGGAGUCCACAGAUGGCAUGGUAGACACUGUCUACACAGACUGUGGUAGUAAGUCUACAGAAAGCAUGUUGGACUUACAAACAUCUAGUACCCUUGAUGGUGGUGCAGGACAAGAUGGGCUGACGUUACAGGAUACCUCAGUGAGUACUCUGCCUCAGAGAGGAGAACAGAAUGCUGCAUUUAUCAGAAUGAUUGACCAGGACUCAGAUUUUCCAGAUGCUACUUCCUCUAAAGUGGAGCCUCUGGAAAUGAAAAAAUCAUGUGAAGAGAAAGUAUGCAGAUCAUUAAAAGAUUGUGAAGUGGAAGUGUGUCCAUGUCCAGACUCUUGUGCCAGUGAGAUAGAGUCUACUGCAGAUCAUGAAUCAAAUACAAAAAUAUUGGAUGGUAUAAAUGUGUCCUUAGAUGAUACUUAUCAUGAAGAGCAAGUUAAAGAAGCAUCCCUGAGAGAAACACAAGGAAUGAUUGAAGGAUCAAGACUGGAAAUAAAUUCUGAGUUUGACAAGGAAAAUACCUUUGGAAUUUCCUCAGAAGAGUUACUGUCUUCUGGAUGCCCAGAUGAGAGCCCUGUUCCCAUAGGGAGACUGAAAUCCAUUGAGACAAUGCCUUUGUAUCUGUUUUCUCAAGAAAAUUCAGAAAGUAAUGUUAAUAGUGGAGAAACUGAGCUGAAAAAACCUUUUAAACCAAAAAAUGGUAAAAUCCUUUGUGAAAACAUAGAGCACCGCACAGUCCUGCUUGAGACGAAGGAAGGAGCGCCAGGGGAUGGGAGUAAUUCUAGUGAAGGACUCAGAAUAGACAGCAGUAUGCAAAAUUUGCCUUUGACAAUGGAAACAGAAACUAAGUUGAAAGGAGAAGAAACUGAAGCACAUCAGAGGGGACCCCUGGGUUACUUAACUGUCAGUGAAGAGUCUGAGAAGAUGAUCACCAGAGAAGCUGGUAAUAAUAAAGGGAGAGAGAGUUCUCAGACCCACUCUAAAUCCCAGAGGAUGCUUGGUGAUACUGAAGAGCUACAAAGCCAGAGGGCUUUGGACUACAUGUUGCAGAAUGAAGAGGAAUAUCUACAUCAAAAAGACGCACACAGGAUAUUGGAACAAUGUGCAUCAUCUAAUGUGUUGUCAGAUGAAGUGCAAGAUAAGAACCAAACUAAGGAUUGCAAAGGUGAGUCCACCAUGAUGAAGGAAAUCACUCUAGCAAAGCUAGCCAAGGGCGGCACUGCUGCACAGUUUCAGAAGCUGGAAAAUCCAAAGGAGGAAAGCUUGUGCCAUCCAUUAAAAACAGACAUGGUGUCAUACACAGAUCCUUGCCUUCGUGGUGCCCCUCAGAAAGCACAAAACCCCAACUUUGCUGGAUGUGAUGAAAUACACGGUGCCUUUGGGAACACUUCAUAUCAGAAAAGAGUGCUUCCCUUAAAGAAGCAGCCCCAUCGAACAUGUAAGAAAGUUUCCUAUCAGGAGCAAGUCAACAUUGGGAAAAAAAUAAGUAAAAUCAGAAGUUCUGCCUUUUUAAAGAGUUCCUCUGAAACCAUCCCCACAAAAGCACACAGAUUUCUCAGUUCAUGUGCUAUGUCUGCACCCGCACAAUUGGAACCUGAAACAGUACCAACCAGGAGCUUAAUGAGCCACAUACCAAAGCAGAAGGUGACUCCGUGCCAUUCCUUGAGGAGCCUGAAUGUUAGGAAGCCUACCAAAGAAUCAGCCUUACUAAACAAGCUGUCCAUUCUUGCCUCCAGACUGGUCCCCGCCACAAAGACCCAGAAACUAAGAUAUCGGCGAUGUUCCUCUGAACUUCUUCCAGUGGCUAAAAGCUACAAGCGGCUCAGAUACAAAAGGUUUCUGGAUGGAUUUUCAUACAAUACAAUGCAGCUGAAUCCAUAUUUGGCAGCUAGUGGAUGGGAUAAGAGACCUAACAGUAAGCCCUUGACACUUUAUUCGCUCGAAGCCAUCAAAAUGAGCUUCAUAGAUUUGAGCAACAAGGUGCCAUCACUGCUAUUUGGUUCCGAAAUUUUCCCGAUAUCUUUUCACAUGAAAUCGGGCUCUGAGUGCAUGACUGAGUCCCCAAGGACUUUUCCUGAGCACUGUGCUCCAGCCAGGCUCGCCUUAGGAGAGGCCCCUAGGUGCCUGUCUCAACCUCCCAAAUGGACCUUUUCUUUCUUCUUAUCCCACAGUUGCCCUGGGAUGGCCACAUUCAGGGAAGACACUGGCCCCCAUGGUCAGGCAUAUGCCCAGGCUCCUUCACAGCCUCCAGGUCCUCUCCAAGACUAUGGAGGCACCGCCAUAGUCCAGACCAGAGCAGGCUGCUCUGUCCUUGGCCUUCACACACUUCUAGCACUUUGUUCUCCUGGAUGUUACCGAAUCUGGACAAAAAAACGGAGCUUCUCCAGUCACAUGCCUACAAUGCAGAGGCUCUUCAUGACCCAGUUUACACAAGGCUUAAAGGGGUUAAGAUCUCCAGCCUCCAUAGCAGACAAGGUCUUCUGUUCUCUGCCCUACUCGGUGGGCCGAGUGCUAUCCAUUUGGAGCCAGCGUGGGCCUUCUACCUGCCCCUUUGAAAUCUCUACUUUUCAUUCCACUCAAAGCAAGAGGCAGCCAACUCUGAGCACCACAAACAGCCACACCAUGUUACCGUAUGUGCCUCUUCCAGGCAUGGAAGCUACUUAUGACACCAAUGGCAGUCAGAUGAGACUAGAGCCUCCGUUCCCUGCCUUGGUACCAAAGCCUUGCUUAGUAACAGACUCAGCUGUCACCAAGCUCCUGCUUUCAGCCUCCGAGUUCCCGGUUCCUGGAUUUGAUGAGCUAGAUGAUGUGGCAGCAGCAUGCCCCCAUCCACAGAGCAGCCCUCCAGAACAGAAGGAGGCUGAGCCAGAGAAGAGGCCAAAGAAAGUCUCACAGAUUCGUAUCCGGAAAACCAUUCCUAAACCAGACCCUAAUCUUACCCCCAUGGGCCUUCCUCGACCCAAAAGAUUAAAGAAAAAGGAGUUUAGUUUAGAAGAAAUAUAUACCAACAAGAAUUAUAAGUCUCCUCCUGCAAACAGGUGUUUGGAGACCAUCUUUGAGGAACCUAAGGAACGAAAUGGUACGCUAAUCUCAAUCAGCCAACAGAAGAGAAAACGAGUUCUAGAAUUUCAGGAUUUUACAGUCCCACGAAAGAGGAGAGCUCGUGGUAAAGUCAAGGUGGCAGGCAGCUUUACCAGGGCCCAGAAGGCAGCUCUGCAGAGUCGAGAGCUGGAUGCUCUGUUGAUACAGAAACUAAUGGAAUUGGAGACCUUUUUUGCCAAGGAAGAGGAGGAGCAGGAGCGAUCAUCUGGUUGUUGAGAAGCAGUUUGGUUUAGGGGUCUCAAUUUUAGAUUUUCCAGGCUCCUUGGAAGAAGUUGCCUAAUUUUGCCCUACCGCCCAAAAUACUCAAAAUGCAGUCCGUGGAUUUUACCUAUUUUAAGGUGCAACCUUUUUAGGAAACGGUGAAGGAGGGUCCUCUACUUCUCCUGCUGAGUAUUGAACCUCAGGAAUGUUCCCUUUCUCCUGGAAAUGGUCCUGAAAACCAUCUGGUCCCCUCCUCCUCACACUCGCCAUCCACAGGAGGAGGACUCAGCAUACCUUCAGUAACACUAGAAUUCCAAGGACUCAUAGCAUUUGCACGUCCGUGUGAAAGUUCUGCGUUGUUUACGGUGGUGCUAGACCAAGAUUAUCUAGAGACGUGGCCUAGGGAGGGGGACCUGGCGUCCUGUUCUUUGUGGUCUCACCAGCUCAUUUCAGUAGUUGAGGAAAGAUGAGCUGUUGUGUUUCCUAAUCCUUUUGAGUCUGUCUGCCCAGAAUCGUGUGUGUGGGUGUGCGUGUGCGUGUGUGUGGGUGUGGUUGUGUGGGUGUGUGUGUGGCUUUUCCCCAUCAUUUUCUCCCCUCUGUGACUAUGGGUCACUAGUGCCAGAGGAGCCCGUCCAGGCCCCAUUCAAAGUAAGUUGCACUUUUUAAUGUUGUGGUGUUAUUUUCAUUUGUUUUUAUUUCUUUCUUUUCUUUUCUUUUCUUUUCUUUUCUUUUCUUUUCUUUUCUUUCUUUUUUUUUUUUUUUUUUUUGUAUUAUUGCUGCAUGUUUGGAGCCUUUAAAUGUGAUUUUAAAACAAAAUUUUAAGACAUCAAGGAGAAAGACAAUAAUGUCUUCAGAAUAUAUGACAGGCAUUUGACCCAGUGUAUCAGUGCAUGGUAUGGGACAAUGGUGAGACAUUUUCCCAUUAUGUGUUUCAAGCAGUCCCUUCCCCAUUUCCACCUUCCAGUGUAACUCAUUAGAAGGAGUACUUUUUCAUCUGUGUUCUCAUUCUUGCCCACUAAGUAGAUGUGUUUAUUUUAAUGAUAGAAGUAAGAGUAAGUUUUCCUCCCAAUCAUUUAAAAAAAUGUGAAGGUUGGGUGUGGUCUUAAUGGGUUUUAUCUGAAGUGGUAGUCUAUAACAAAAUUGGGUACGGCAGCUCAGGUGGUGAUAAAAGGCCGACCCAGAGUGUUUGCAGCUGUCAGAGCAACUUGCUCCAAGAGUGGGGAGUGAGAUGGCACGUGGUUCAGACCCAGUGAUGCAUCCUUGCAGGGGGAUCAUGAAAUUCCACGGCCAGCCCUCUCAGAACACCAUCGUACUCUGGGCUCCUAUGUCAAACCUACUGGAAAUUUUGCAGAGUGCCAGAGUUGGCAGUUCCUUCAUCUGUGCCUGCUUGAGUCUGUGGGCAGAAGGAUGCUGUGUGGGUCGGCCAGGCCCAGAGGUGUCAUUUGUUUUCCACUUAACUCCUAUGUGCCCUUGCCCUGCUUGCCUCCCCCCGCCCCCCCGCCACCACCAUCCCCUGUGUUUUAUCUUUCUUUCUCUCUUGCUUUCAUUACAAAAGUUCAGAGAAUUAACAUUCCUUGGCUGGUGAGUGGGAUGCUACACCCAGCCUCAGGACACUGGUCACCUCUUCCCAUGCUCCUAGGAGCCACUGCUAGGAAGCAGCCACCCAAGGAGACUGUCAGAGCUCCAGAGAUAUUUUCAAAGUCAGUCUGUUAGAGAAGAGUGAGUGGUGCCGUCCUGGUGUGUCUCCUAGGGUUCCUUUGUCUCCCCAUUUGUGAGUGGGUGGGAAGAUGGGGUGGGGGUAGGGGGUCUCUAUGUGCCUUUCCUUUGCAGGUUGACAGUCUGCGCCACACUGGAGCAGAAGAACUGACAUGAGCAAGAAAAUAAAAGUGCCACAUCUGUCUUCUAGGCCCACUGCCUCAGACAUAGCAUUUAGUAAGUGAAAUACACAUCUGGUAACCCAUAGAGGCUUCUAAGGCCAUGGCCAAAUAGCAUUGAAGAGAGCCGCAUUUCCACACUGGCUUGGAAUGUGAACCAGAUUCUGCUGUUCUACAUCUGCUUUGCCCAGACUGUAUAGACACAACCUGUGUUUCACCUCAGUACCUCUCCCAUCCUGGGACAGGGUCCUUAGACACUAAAUGCUUUUCUCUGUCUUUUUGCCUAAGGGAGUGGGGAUUAGUAUUCCAUUUUACCCUCUGACAAACAUUUUUAGGGAGUGCUGCUGGACAGCUUGCAAACUCCCAGCAACUCAGCAGAGCCCUGUUUGCCAGGUCCGUUGCUGGUGUAGACGAGUCAGCAAUGUGGCAACAACCCAUGUCAUCCAGCAGACUGAAGUUGAACGGGCACAGCUGUGGCAUCACCACCAUUACAGAGAUAUAAUUUCAAGUUUGCCCUUAUACAUAGGCACGGUAUUUGCAAGAGCCAGGAAGAAUGCUUUGGAACAUUGGAGGCAUGGAGUAAGUGGAGGCUUGGGCUCCCUCCUUGUCCUGGCAAUGUGGAAGAGAAGCAGCUCUGAGGCAUCUCUGCCUAUCGUUGAAAUUCUUGGCCUGCCCUCUGGCUCGGGGCCUUCCCCUGCUCCAAAGUUAAAAAGGGGCCCCCAUUGCAAACUUGAAAUUGCUUUCCUAAAACCGAUACAUCAAGUUCUAGUUGUGCUCAGCCACACCUGUCUUUGCAUCUGUUUUCACCAUUGGCCUGGCCAGCUGCAAGGCUAGAUCUGUGGUCCUCGGAGCCUGUGGAACCUGCCCACGAUUGGGGGUGGGGGGGGGUCGUUAGUCGGCUGCUGGCACACCAGUUGCCCAGAGCUACAGGAGGUCUCUUUCUGGGGUGGGGGUUGGUAGUUUCUGAGUAUGGGGACUUCCCACCCCAAAUGGUGCGAAGUUACAGUUAACUAUGAUUUACUCAACUAUAAUUCAACUCCAGAGGCUUAGCGCUUUUAAUAUGGGAAAGAGAGGAGAAAUCUCAGGUCCAAUCAGGGUUCUGCCUAUCAGCUUUUCACUGAAACUUCAACUAUGUUUUUUUUUUUUCCAUCUUUCAGUUAUAGCUAUAUUUGCCCCCAUCUGCUUCCUGCCCCCUUUCUCCUCUUUUGGUCACCUUUCCAGUUUCAUUUCUUCAUUAGUUUAAAUGUACCUCAUCACACCUAUUAAAACAGAUUAUGUCCACUUUUUCUUACUGACCUUACUCUAAGAGCUACAGCUGAGGGAGGUACAGUGGAAAGACAUGUAGCAUUUGCCUUACGUGGAGCCUGAAGAGCUUAGAAACUCAUGCUGUGAAUCCCAAAACUCAGCGCUCCUUUAAGAGCUGUGAAAAUCAUGACAUUUUGUCACAGUUUUGCCUGAAAGGGUCUUUUGCGCGGGUGCCAGAGCCAACCUGAGGUAAAUUCCAGAUCCUACCAUCUGGGCACGAUCCCUCCCCCAGCAGGGCUCACUCCCUGCCCACCAGACCAAGAGCAGCAUAGGGUGUGCAGUACUGGGGCGGCAGCACCAAGGCUCUGGUGCAGCCUGAUGGAAAGCACAGUCGGCACUUGGUACCCAGGCUGGGAUUCCAUCUCCUAAUACCACGUACAUGGAGAUCCGUGAAAGACCAACUUUUAGUCAGUGAUGCUUUUCUCCCAUUACCUGAGGGAGAAGUAUGCAGUUGGUGCUUUCUUUUAAUUCCCUUGUUUUGUUUUUGUUUUGUUUUGGAAGCUUUUCCCCUGGUAUCAUGGAAAGGACCUCUUAAGCACCACAUUGUUGGGUGGCUGUAUCCAAAGUCUAGAUAAUUGGCCAGAGGUAGGAAGUAGCCUUUCCUGGAUUGAUGCAAAAGAAGGGCUCCUUACCACAACUGCACUUCUUGAUACAAAAAGCUGGCUGCAGAGGAAGAGUUAAUUUUACAAAAAUCAAAGUUUGAUAUCAUCUAGCCACAAAUUGAGCAGCAGACGCUAAUUUGAUUAUAAAGUAAGGGUCCCCAUAUAGUCCACCAUCUAGCACAGCAUAUUCUCAGAUUUGAUGCUUAUUCAUUGUGUGUCUUCACGAGCCCCUCCCUGGUGCUGAGUUGGAUUUGAAUUCUUGGUGAGCGGCCUCAGCAUCUCCUUGGGCUGGUCUGGGCCAGUAAAUAGCUGCCUGAAGUGUUUAUAUAUUAUCAUGGUCAAUAUAGUUCAGUGAAAUUUGUACAUUUUUGGUAACAUUGGCAUACAUGAUGCCCCUGCAGUUCUUUUUCUGUUUGGUAGUUUGUGACUCUAAAUUCCCACUGUUAUGUGUGUUAAUUUAUGAAAAUAAAUUUUUUUUGGGAAAACCUUUCAAAUAAC